UGCCCAUUCUCCUGCUGUGAGUGACGCGAUCGUCUCUCUUAUCCCUCAACUUUGCCUGUUGCCAGACCAGGCAGCCGAGGUGGACGCUGGCUAUCACCGCUGACAUUCUCAACGCGACCACACCAGAGAAAAAAAAAAAUCACCCCCACCUCGUUUAUUUAUUUUUCCGCUGACUUUUCACCGCAGGCUGCGAUUCCGUAACGAUGAUUUUUAGUUUUUCUUUCCAUCGGACUCCCCGAUGUUGUGCAGUCUACUACACGAAGGCGUGAAUCUUUUUUGAGUAGAGGUGGAUCUUCCCGGAUACAGCGAGGGGGUAUAUCAAAUAUAUAAAAAGGAAGAAGAGUUUCACGGAAAUCCCCACAAAUAAAAAAUGCCACGGAGGAAACAAGAAGCGCCGAAGCGCGCAGCAGGCCCUGACUCCAUAAAUCCUGCCUGUGUAAUGAUAACAGUGCCACCCUGCCAGCAACCUAUUCUCCCGAGGAGCUGACAGAGCACACUGUGGAGGAUGAGGAGGCGGAAGCAGACGACCUGCCCUCAGCCCCUCAGGAUGACCUUCCUAUGAAAGAUGAGUUUGUGGAGCAAAGCGCAGGGCCUGUCAAGGAGCAGGCAUGUGACCAGGAAUCAGCUGGGGUCGCCGAGCUUUCGGGACACGAGAUGGACAGUGAGUCACAUGUCAGCGAGACCAGUGACCGGCUCUCAGACUUUGAGAGCCCCUCCAGAAAAGCUGAGGGCAUCUUGGUCACAGCACCUCUGAAUGGUGGCACUAAGACACCUCCCAUAGGCAUGGACACCUUAGAACAAAUGAAGGCUAUCUACUCGAGCUUCCUGACCAGCCCCUUGUGGCCACCGCUGAACUUUAAUUCCACACCGCCACAGGCGCAGUCAUUGGCUUCUACAGAGAAGCCAACUCGCAGCAAUAGCACUAGUAGCAGUAGUAGCUCCAGCAGUGGUAGCUAUGACUGGCACCAGUCUGCAGUGGCAAAGACACUGCAACAGCAUCCUCCCCAGAGUCGUCACCCUGCUCAGUCUGAGCCCAGCCUCUUUAGUACAGUCCAGCUCCACAGGCAAAACCCAAAGCUUUUUGGCUCAAUCUUCACUGGGGCCAGUAAAUUCCGCUGUAAGGGCUGUAGCGCUGCUUAUGACACCCUGGUGGAGCUGACAGUUCACAUGAAUGACACAGGCCACUACCGCGAUGACAACCAGGAUAGGGCAGGCAGUGGUGCAAAGCGCUGGUCUAAACCACGUAAGCGGUCCCUGCUGGAAAUGGAGGGGAAGGAGGACGCCCAGAAAGUUUUGAAGUGCAUGUAUUGUGGGCACUCCUUUGAAUCCCUCCAGGACCUCAGCGUCCACAUGAUCAAGACCAAACACUACCAGAAAGUGCCUCUGAAGGAGCCCAUGGCCCCUGUGGCAGCCAAAAUAAUGUCUUCUAAGAAAAGGGGGCUUGUGGGAUUGGACCUCACUGCCUCACCACGCUCUAGAGAAGGAACCCCUAAAGCUAAGCACCCACAGGCAGACCUGAGUGAACCCUCACAGAAACCCUCCUCAAGCCCUUACACCACCCCCAAUAACCGCUAUGGCCACCAGAACGGCGCUAGCUAUGCUUGGCAGUUUGAGUCCAACAAAUUCCAGAUCCUCAAGUGUAUGGAGUGUGGGAGUUCCCACAAUACACUGCAAGAGCUGAGAACCCACAUGAUGGUGACAGGACACUUCCUGAGGGUGACCAGCUCUGUGGGAAAGAGAAUCAAAACACUUCCUGAAGCCACUUCCCCCAAUCCCGUGAGGGUUGCCACACCUACCGAACAGAGGGUCCAGUCCGUCCCACUCGCACCCUCCACCUUCUCCCCUCCACCUCUUCAAACUACCACAACUCCCCCCGCCACCUCCCCUCCUCUCAAAGAGAUCAAGAAGGAGGAGGUCGAGGAGGAGUGCACUAAGCAAGAGGCUGUUGGAAACGAAAAGCAAGUUGCAGUUUCCAUUGGGAAGGAGGAAGAUGCUGAGAAGGAGGAAAAAUAUGACAUCUCAAAGUAUAACUAUCUUACUGAAGAGGACCUGAAGGAGAGUCCUAAAGGGGGCUUGGAUAUUCUCAAAUCACUAGAAAACACUGUGACCUCAGCCAUUAACAAGGCCCAGAGUGGGAAUCCAAGCUGGGGGGGCUACCCUAGUAUCCAUGCAGCCUACCAGUUCCCUAGUGCCCUCAAGCUCCAACAGGCCGGCAUGGAAAAGAAUUCCCCAAUGAAGUUCUUAUUCAAUGGAGGGGAUGGAGCAUUGUCCAAGAACCAUCCCCUCAUUUCCCCACCGCUUAGUCAGUCCUCCCCCUUCCCCAGCAACAACUUCCAGGCAAUGGAGGACUUAGUGAAAAAAGUGACUGAGAAAGUAGCAAAAGUAGAGCAAAGGGUGAAGCAGAUGUCCCCUAAGAGGGAGAACCAUCUCUCCCCGUGCAGUAGUGAAGCUGGAGAAUCACAUAAGGGAGGAGAGGCUGACUCACCUCGGGAAUGGAGGGCAGUCACCCCAGCCAAUAGUGACAGGGGAAGCCAUAGCGACAGAGCAUCCCCGGCAACAGAACCCAAGAGAGAGACAGCAGUCAAGUCCCCGCUCGCCUCGACGCUGAGAUGCAGUACCGCCAUUAUUACUGGCCAUACUCCUCCAGAGCAGCCCUUUGUCAACCCUCUAAGUGCUCUUCAGUCAGUAAUGAACAUUCAUUUGGGGAAAGCAGCCAAGCCCUCCUUGCCAAACCAAGAUCCCCUGAGCCUGCUCUCUAGGCUCAGCCAGAGCAUGGCUGAGAGAGCUGCUGUGGCCGCUCCUCCCUCACAGACCAAAAAGACAGAAAGUGUAGUUGAUAAUAGUUUUUGCCAGCCCAGCGAUGACCAGCCUAUGGACCUGACAAAAGGGAAAAGUGAAAGAGGAGGCUCCAUAGGCUCGGCUCCCCUAACUCCCUCAUCCACAGCUUCCUCCAUCUCCCCCUCCUCCCUUGUUACCCCUGCAAAGCUAACAGUGGUCUCUCCCUACACAUCCAGCAGUCCUCUACAUGAAAAUGCAUUGUCAGAUAUCUCAGACAUGCUGAGGAACCUGACACAGUCCCACCAUGUCCCAAAGCCUCCCUCACGGUCCCGGGUCACAGAUAAAGCUGAGGUCGUGGGAUCUACUCAUGAUGACGAGGACGCGUCCCUGCACGGGCACAAACGUAAGGGCCGUCACUCCAACUGGAACCCCCAGCACCUCCUUCUUCUGCAGGCCCAGUUCGCUUCAAGCCUGAGGCAGACAUCUGAGGGGAAGUAUAUCAUUAAUGACCUCAGCCCGCAGGAAAGAAUGCAUGUAUCUCGUUUCACAGGUCUCUCUAUGACCACCAUCAGCCACUGGCUGGCUAACGUCAAGUACCAGCUAAGAAGAACAGGCAGAACCAAGUUCCUAAAGAACCUGGACUCCGGUCAGCCUAUAUUCUUCUGUAGUGACUGUGCCUCGCAGAUCCGAACCCCAGCAGCUUAUGUGUGCCACCUGGAAGCCCACCUAGGGUUCAGGAUUAGGGACCUGGCCAAGCUGUCCCCCAAACAGACUGUCAGGGACUCCCACUCUCUCACUGAGAAACUUGUGCCCCUGGAGUCCUUCCUCUCUCCACAAUCACAAGAUGACUGCAGUAGUAAUGGGGCGGUGUACCGCUGCCAGCUCUGUGUCCGUAAAUUUGCCACUAAGCACGCCAUCAAGCUUCACCUCAGCAAGAGCCAUGGGAAGUCUCCAGAGGACCAUCUGCUAUAUGUGUGCGAACUAGAGAAACACUAAAUUACUCUCAGCAGUAGACAUACUGGAAAACAUAUGUAGAAUGACUGUUAAAAACAAAAAAAAUAAAAUCAAAACAGAGAAUAUUUGCAAGGUGUGGUGAUGCACAAAGAUGCCACAAACUACUGUUGAAAACA